UUUCGUCUAUUAAUCGGUAUCAUAAACUAGGACUAUAGUGAUAGCCGAUUAACUUUUUCGUGGUUUCGAAAGGCUAGUGUAAUGACGGAUCAUUUUUCGAUCAAUUUCAUCAUCAAAAUCCGGUCGUCACUGACGGUGUCAAUCAAUGUUGAUUGAUUCGCAGUAGUCUGGUUUACGAUGUGCCCUGUGUUUAUUUGUACGGUGUCGGUGUAAAAAUAUUUUGGCAAUGGUGUGGGCUCCGCUGCAAUCGGAAAAGUCAGCUAGAAAUGGUUUGAAAAAAUUAAAAUUAGUGCUGAAAAAUUCAGUAUUAGUGCUUGAAAAGUGAUUAACAUAUUAGAGUGAAGUACACGGGUUGGCCUUCGGAAGUUGCUGAGGAAAAGGAGAACCAGAACCCGUUUGUGAAUGUAAUGAAAUGUGCACACUUGUGAAGUGAAAAGCUACCUGACUAAAAGAAGGAUUUGUUUUGGGUUCAAUAGGCAAGUCGUGACACCAAUACAAGUCAAGUAGGAGAAUCUUGACCGACAAACGCAUGCAGUCUCAAGGAAGCAAAGUAGCAGGAUAGAACAAGGAAUACAGCAUUUAUUUGCUGAACUGGAUUAGAUUUUGAACCUGUGAUUGUCAACAACCGGAAAUUUCUGACUAGAGAAAGAUCGCCGUCCUACCAUGGACGAACGGCGGGUGGCCGACUACUUUGUGGUGGCCGGCAUGCCCGAAAACCCAAAGCUGCUGAAGGAGAAUAUCUUCAACGAUUCGUCCCACCUGCGUUCGGCCGUCACCAUCGAUCCGAUCACCGACAUCGGAGUGUUCUUUCCCUCGCUGGGCGAGAAGAUACCGGCUGAUUAUGAAAUCCUGGAGAACACACCGACCGGGCUGUUGGCAGAUUUGAACUACGGUUCGGUGCGGACGGUGGCCUGCUUCGUGUACUACCGCCGGGGGAAGGACAAACCACCGCUGGUCGAUAUCGGUGUCCUGUACGAGGGUGCGGAAAAGAUCAUGUCCGAUGCCGAAAUUGUUCUCAACACGCCCGGUGACCGGUUGGCCAAUGUGAAUAAUUCCUCCGCGAAAACAUUUCUCACCUUUCGGAGAGCGAAAACAGACAUGCCCUGCAACGAGCUGGUAGUGACGGAUCUUUGCGUGGUAGUUCCGUCCAAGGGGGAAAAACCACCGCAUGCCUUCUGUAUGAUUCAUAAAACUUUGAAUAAGGGCAUCAUGGGCAGUGAUGUGUAUCUGUGCUACAAAAAAUCAAUGAACCGUCCCAAAUUGAUCAGUUAUCAGCCGGAGAUUCUGCACCGCUAUCCCACGGUGGAUCAUAACGAUUUUCCACUGAAUCUCUGCCCGAGUGUUCCGCUGUUCUGUCUGCCGAUGGGCACAACAUUGGAGGCGUGGCCACAUGUGCCCGGCGGCGAUGGAAAGCAAAAACGUAAGGCAAUACAACCAAUAUUCAGCACAUUCGUGCUAACCGUCAACGAUGGAACCUACAAGGUGUACGGUUCAGCCUUAACAUUCUACGAAGACUUCAAUGAACGUCAUCUCAACGAUCAACAGCGGGAACUCCUCGAGUGGACCUCGGAAUCGCACAAAACACACUCACUCCAUGUGAACAAAUCCAUUUGCCUUCUGUCGAGGUGGCCCUUUGGCGAUAUUUUCGAAAAGUGGCUUCAAUUUCUGCACGAGAUAUCAAUUCUCAACCAACCAAUACCCGUCCCGAUCGAGCGCUACAUCACCCACCUGCUCGACGAAGUGCCAUUCCCGUCGCCCAGCAUUCUGCUGCAGCUUUCCAGUCUUAGCCACGAUCGAAUCCUGCUAACACUCCCGGAGGACUCUCCGCUGCCACGAAGUGGUGCCGGUUUCCGACAGCUGCUUUCCAAUCUGGGUGCGGAGAAUUGUCUGCACGUGCUGCUAUUGGUCAUGACGGAACAGAAAAUCUUGAUCCAUUCGCUGCGACCUGCCACUCUGACCGCGGUAGCAGAAGCCGUUUCGUCCUUCCUGUUCCCAUUCAAGUGGCAGUGCCCGUACAUUCCACUGUGUCCGCUGGGGCUCGCCGAAGUACUGCACGCUCCGUUGCCCUAUCUAAUCGGAGUGGACUCGAGAUUUUUCGAUCUGUACGAACCGCCGAAUGACGUGACCUGCGUUGAUCUGGACACCAACAAUAUCAGUUUGUGUGAGUCACAGAAGCAUCUUACAACUAAGCUACUCCCGAAAAGGGCGGCUCGAAUUCUGAAACAGACCUUGAGAAGCUUAGAUGAGCUUCAGUAUAAUUUGACAAGCGACUCUGCCAACAGCUUGGAUAGGGAUUUUAAGAAAAAGAAACGGGAACAGAAUUUAGAGCAGAAAAUACAGGAAGCGUUCCUGCAGUUUAUGGCAUCGAUCCUGAAAGGUUAUAAGGACUAUCUGGUGCCGAUUUCGCAGGCUCCCACAAGUCGGGCCACCGAUCCGGAUGCAUUGUUUCAACUGAAUGCUUUCCUAAGGUCACGAGAUAAGGCCCAUCAUAAGUUUUUCCAAAUGCUGAUGAAAACACAGAUGUUUAUCAAGUUCAUCGAAGAACGAUCAUUUGUAUCCGAUGGCGAUCACAAUCUGGCCUUCUUCGAUGAGUGUGCCGAGAAGGUAAGCGCAUUCGAAGAUACUCCCACUGAGAUUAAGCUGAUCGAUUGGGACGCCGGUCAGAGUAGCGAGCGAACCAAGGUCAUCCUGCCGCCCGAGUGCCAACCGGGACUACCGGAGCAAAAUUAUUACUACAGUUCCUUCACCCUGAAUCCGGUUUUGCUGAAACAAUCGCGGCGAAGCUUGCUCGUUCAUGCGCUGCAGCAUCCCGGAAGUCUAGCACCCGGUUCACCGAUGGCACGCCGAACAAAACAUGAGAUUAAAACCGCCCAGAAGCUAGCCCGCAAGAACCAGGCGAAUCCUGAGCUGUGGGCAAAACAUUUGCUCGCCGCCUGUUAUUCCAUCUACUUCAUGGUCCUGCCAAGUCUGAUAUCGGAAAAUGCCGGUCGAGAGAAUGCCAUCCUUAAGACAGCCUACGAUCUGCUGGGCAAAGCCAGCAAGUUAAAAAUCCAAUGCGACGAAGUCUGCUAUCGCAUAAUGAUGCAGCUCUGCGGAAUGCAUAAUCUUCCGGUUCUGGCCGUCCGUCUUCACUACCUAAUGCAACGUUCGGGUAUUCAACCGAACGCCCUAACAUAUGGCUUCUACAAUCGCUGCGUUCUGGAAGCCAAGUGGCCAUCGGAUUCCAUUCUCUCCAGUCAGAUGCGAUGGAACAAAUUACGGAACAUUGUCAUGGGAGCCGCCCAUUUUAAACUAGCAGGAAAGAAGCAUGCCGCUCGCAGACGUCUCUCCGCUUCGCACGAGAAUAAUCUGCACACUCUGGAAACGGUGGAUGGUACCUCUCGAACCAGUUUGGACUCAGGAAUCUCCCAGGCGGAGCACCCGUCCAGCUCGAUAAUCGAUUUCGCAGCAUUUGACAAGCUACGUGGCCGUCUGGGAACGAUCGUUCGACAGUCGGGUUCCCCUCAGGAAUCAUCUGAUGUCGUAUCCAGUGCUGGUCUACUGAUAAGCGGCGAAGGAAAUCAUCUUAAAAUCAGUCCCAAAGAAAAACAAUCCUUCAGUAAACCUUCGACGACCAGUCCGUGCGAUCUCAGUCCACGCAUAUUGGCGAGAGCUGACAGCUUUGCGGGAGAUUCCGAGUUCAUCGAUAAACUACAGAAACUGCACUAUGCGAAUGGUGUUACGCCGAACGGGACGGUAGGGGACAACGCGGUUAACCGGGUGAAGCGUGCGUUGGAUUUCCAUGCUGAAAACAGUUCCCAGGAGGAACUGGCAGAGGAGAAGUCAGCCGUGAAAACUAGUCCGACCAAGGUAUCUCCACGUACCAUCGUCACCCAGGAUGACCCAUUGGGAGCCUUGAAGGAUGAUGGGACCGAUGAAGUGUUAGAGAUUCGACAAUCUACGGAUAAGCUUUCGCUGAAUGCCAAAGGCAGUGGCCACAAUGGCAUUCAUCAACACCAUCACAACGAAACCAUCUACACUGAUCAACCGAUUCUGUUCAAGGGUCAACGGUCGGCCACGUUCGAUGAUUCACUGCAGCUGAACAAAAGCAUGCAGCGAUCGGAAACAAUGCCAGUGAGCAGUUCGGUGACGUCCAGUUUCGCCAGCAUCGGUUCUACGUUGAAGUUCAACUUUGGCCGCUACUCACCUGCACGUUUAUCCAUGAAAAAAGAUUUCAAAUCCCUCUCGACGAAUGUAUUAGAAAGCAUUUCCAGCGUCAGUCCGAGCCUAACGGGCAAGAAAUCCAACGAAAUCCUGCAAGGUGGUCUCAGCAGCAUUAAAAAUGCUGCCACGUCAGUGGCGAAAAAAUUGGACGAGAUUAAGGAAGCCAUUUCGGCCAAUUCAACUCCAGUCAAGACCGGUUCUGGUACGAUUUGUACUAGCAACGGUUUGGAACGCGAUGGCCACGGUUCGGAGAGUGAUUUGCUGAACGAGGACGGGAACGUGAACGGCAAUCGCUCCCGGCGUGUGUCGAGUGAGUUCGAUCUCUGGGGUCGGUUCAGCGAGUCUAGAAAGUCCAGCUACAAUAAUCUAGUGCCUCUCGGAGAGAACACAACAUCGAGCAAUAGUCUCAAUACAUAUCCUGCGAUACCGGAGAAUGUUUAUCAACCUAUACCGGAGGACUACAAACCUAGAGAAGCUGACUUCGUGAUCCAAAUAACUUCGUGUUCGCAGUGCCGCAACUGCUCGGUACUGCUGUACGACGAGGAUGUGAUGGCCGGCUGGUCCGCCGAAGAUUCCAAUCUCAAUGCAAGCUGCAACGCCUGUGAGAAGGUGACCGUUCCUUUUCUCGAUGUGCAGAUUAUUUCAGACGAGCAGCGAUUAACGCAGCUGGCCGUCAAACAGUCACAGCAGCAGCAACAGCAAUCGGACGUGAUCACCGUGCCAUAUCUGAACCCACUGGUACUGCGCAAAGAACUGGAGAACAUUCUCAGCCAGGAGGGUGACUACGCUCUAGCCAAGGCGAGUUUCGUCAAGGAGCAUCCCAUCAUCUAUUGGAAUCUGGUUUGGUUCAUGGAGCGCAUCGAUGUCAGCACGCAUUUACCAAAUCUCUGUCUGCCGAAGGAGGAAGGAGAUAUUGCUGAUCCGCUGAGCAAUUUGAAAACCGUUUCCGUUCACUGUUUGUGGGACAAUCCACGGCUGCACUCGGAGGCUGGUCCAGCGAUGUACAUGCUUUGGAGACAGAAUCAACCGGCCAGUCCCCUGCUGAAGGCACUGCUUACCGAUCAGACGUCAAUCAAUCGAGCCGUCAUGCAACAGGUGAUCGCAUCGAUUCGCUGCAACGACCUGCUGACGCCGAUCAAACGGCUCGCCAACGAGCGGCACAAGCUCAAACAUCGUGGCGUCGAUCGGACACAUUCCAUCUACCGGGACAUACUAUUUCUGGCCUUCACAGCGAUCGGUCGCUCGAACAUCGACCUGAUUUCGUUCCACCGAGAGUACGCCGCCGUGUUCGACAAGCUGACCGAGAAGGAGUGUAACACCUACUACCGGGCCCAGGAUCUGCCACCGUCGCCGGCUGCUAUUUUCUGCCGGGCAUACUUCAAACCGCUGAUGCUGCCCUGACCGCAACCGAAGCGGUGCGAUUUCGACGGAUGGGAACCGACGAUGGCAUCAUCGAAAAAACGCGCUCGGUAGUUUGUGGGUAAGAACUGGUUCAGAUACUACUUACCUUCGAAGGGCAAGAUAAAGAAAGGGAAUGGAAAAAAGAUGGAUAAAGAAAGGGAGAUCCAUUUAACCUAGCAAAACUGUAUUUCUUCGGACAACCCGUACGUGAUAGAGCUAUCUGUAAAUUAUUCUACUUAACGAUACUAUAAAGGAUAUCGAAAUGUUAUAGGUAGACAAAAAUCAACCCAUCAUGCAUAAGGUUGUUAGCAAUAAACCAUUCAUUUCUCUCAUCGAACCAUUUAGUGAGCUUAAGCCUGUUAAAUUUUCCUGCUAGCUGACAACUGAGGACAAAUGAGAUUAUAGUGACUCAAUAACGAUGUCACUCUUGCUCAAAUCGGCCAACCAAGCAUGUAAAUGGAAACCUAUCAGUGAAAUAAAGCUAACUGAAAAUAUAAAUGAAAAGAAACGAGCAACUUAACGAAAUGCGUCCGACUACAUAGAAAUGAAAACAAAUACAUAUUAAAAUUUGCAGUGUAAACAUUUCGCUGAAAAUUUCUUGUGAUAUAUGAAAAACUGUCUUAACUGCAAAAUCUACUAAAUCAUCACUUAUCGAAUACGUAGCGAGCAAUUUCGUUGUUUUCAUUUUCACUCAGUGUACGGUUAGAUUAUGUGGAAGCGAAGGUGUUCACCACCCUCUUUUAUAAUUUCUUCUACUAUUGUUUCGUGUCACAAUCACUCACAUACUUGGGACACCUACCCAUUAGAUGGUUGUUUGCUUUCAGGUUGUUAGACUGUUCCAUAAUCGCGUUUUGCAAAAACAAAUAAAACGGUUGGCAAAUAUAUAUGUAUAGGUAUAUUAUUUUCUAUGGAACUACCCUUGAAGAAUGGUAAAGACUAGUUGAAAAUAACGUAAUAAAUAUAUAUGUACGGUUCUGCAAAAUAAA